CAGAAAGAAAAACAAAAUGGCGAAGUUUGUUAUUGCAGGUUCUGCUGACUGUCCUUUUUACGCUAAAGCAGAGCUUCUAGCUGAUGAACUGUCCUUGAAAUUAUCAGACUUCAAAGUCCACAAGAUAGUUAAACGGCCUGAAGAGUGGGAAGAUUGGUUGAGAAGUACUUGUGACGAAAAAGGCUGGAGUCAUAAAGGUUCUCCAUUAAUAUGGAGAGAACUUGUGGACAGAGGUGGCGCUGGUUUGCUCCUUGGAGGAUGUAAUGAAUUCCUCGAAAUGGCUCAAGGAUACUACGGUAUUACAUCGAAUAAAAUGAGUUUGAAGCUUAUAAACAUAUCCAAGGAGAAUUUUAAAACUAAACAAGAAAUAGAUGCCGAAGAAGAAGAGAGAAAGAAACAAAUCAAUCCACUAAGAGUUUGUGUUUCUGGCGCUUCGAGUGAUAUAGCAUAUCACAUGUUAGGGUAUCUGGCUCAAGGUGAAGUGUUUGGUCUAGGACAAGAGGUGGCAAUCACGCUAUUAGAUCAUCCCGACAAGUUGGAGAUCUUGAAAGGUGUUGCAUAUGAAGUGCAAGACUGUGCUUGGCCUCUGCUAAGAGGGGUAGAGUACACUUCUGAGCCAGAAGUGGCUUUUAAAGAUGUCAGUGUUGCGGUAUUACUGGAUGGAGCAACAAUUCCCAAGGCAUCUGAUCAUCAGGAAUACCUAUUAGCUAAUGCUAAGGCCUUCAAACAGCUUGGUGAAGUAUUAGAAAAGCAAGCAUCGAAGGAUGUAAAGGUGCUGGUUGGUGGUGGUCCAGCUAACUCGAAUACUUUUAUUGCAAGUAAAUUCGCUCCCUCAAUCCCCAAGAGCAAUUUCUGUGCUCUUUCGCGUAUUGAAGAAAACAAGGCAAAGGGGCUACUGGCAAAGAAGAUGAACGUCAGAACAGCAGGAAUAAAAGAUGUGAUAAUCUGGGGAAAUCCUGGCGUCAACUACUUUCCAGAUGCUAGUGUUGCAAGGGUUGAUGGGUAUGAUGGAGCAAUCUGGGGACCACAUAUCCCAGGAUUCAUGAGAUCUGUCCCAGAAAUGGUCCAUGACAACAAGUGGCUGACUGGUGAAUUGGUUGAAAAUACCAAAAUAUCCAAUGAUAGUGUGAAAGGGGCAAUGUUGGGUGGUGCGGCAAUAAAUACUCAACUUCAAGACUGGUUACAUGGCUCGCAAUCAGAAAUAUUUUCUCUUGGUGUGAUAUCAGAGGGUUGGUAUGAUGUCCCAGAAGGAAUUGUUUUUUCUUUUCCUGUAAAAUUUGACCAAGGAGCUUGGAAGGUUGUGGAAGGGUUAUCUGUUAGUGAGCCUUUGAAGACUAACAUUUUGAAAAUUGCAAAAGACAUUCAGGAGGAAACAACAAAGAUUGCUUCACAACUUACGUGAUUGUACAAAUAUGACAUCAGCAUCAUCUCAAGCCUAAUAUUCCAUGAAGUAGAUUGUCGUCAUAAAAGCUGAUAAAAUAGUCAAGUCAAACAUAAGCUAAUUAAGUGUUUAUUAUUAAAACAAAACAAAAUACAUACUGUGGUUUGUAUGUAGCAUUACUCUAGGUUAUUCUAUAGUCUGUUCUAUUACCAAACUACUUUUGAAUAUAUCAUUCUUUUAAAAUACAACACUCUACUUAAACCCAAUAUAUUUAGUAAAUCUUAAACACCUUGGUGAUUAUAUAACUUAAUCGAAUGAAAUUAUCUAAAUGUUCUAUUUUUAAACAUUUUUAACAGUACUCAAGUACUUAAAAGCACACUUUUUAAUUGACUGACUUGGAAUGAGUGAUGUUUAAGAGUUUUGAUUAAUUUUUUAAAAAUACUAAAAUAUAAACAAUUAACUGCUGCAAAUUAUAAUUUGUGAAUUCUUGUCAUGGAAUCAUUUUAGAAAGAGAUAAUCCUUCAAAAAUGCUUGUGCUGUACAACAACUGUUCUAAGUAAAGGAGUCUUCUGUUUAUUUAGUUCAUGCUGUUAAUAGUCCCUUUCACAGUUCCCAGCUACUAGUCUUUUUUGAAGAAUGUCGCAUUAAAAUGUUGUUGCUUA